GAGAGCACGUACUAAUGCCAAAAAUAAAUUCAGAAAUGCGUCUACAAUUAACAAGGUCAGUAAAAUUAUUUAGUUUUAAUGUAUUUUGGUUGUUGAAAGAAAGUGAAAUUUCUGAAAAACAUGAAGAAACUGUGCCAUCAGAACAGAAUUAUAACUCGAGGAUAGCGAAGACAAUGACGUGA